AUGGCCGACGGACUCAAUCAAGCCCGCGCAGUGCGCAUCGCCGAGCUCAUGAACGACUACCGAACCCUGUUGAUUCACAUCUCUCAGCAACAAGCACAACCAUCCCCCGCCGAGUCGCAAGAGCUAGGAUACACCGUGCUUCGGGAAUGUCAUCAGGCCACCCAGCGUCUCCUGGCAGCCAACUUUCAUCCCAACCCAGGAUCAGGAAAUGGGAAUGCGGAGACUGAAAAAGCAGAGCUUCAAAGAGUCAUUAUCGACAGUAGUGCACGUCGAUUCCAAGCGCACAAAAUCUAUCUACGCGUGGCCGCGGUGCAGAGAUGGAUCACUGCGCGGACCAAUAUUCUCCACGGUCAACCGCCUUCUCCGGCCUUACAACCGGCGUUGAAGAACGCACAGGCGACGUUGCAGGGUGAACUGGCUCGGAUCACGGACCAGUAUAUCGUGGCUGAUCUUCGGGCUGCGGAUGUGCGCGCCGGCUAUUGGCUUGGGGAUGACCCGUCCUUGGAAACGAUUCUUCGAUACAUCCAGGCGGGAAGUCGCUAG